UUAUUUUUGACAGUGUUUGACAGGCGCGAUGUCAAGUCGUUGUCCCUAAACCUCUCUUUUUUCCCCCUCCACAGUCGCAUUCUUAUUUAGUCGAGGAGUACAGACAAUGUUAGUACAGCAUUAGAAGUUGUUUAGGCUGAUAUUUAAGGAUUCCGUUGAAACGCGUUGGUUUGUAAAGAACGCUCGCGCGCUUGCCGUGAGUAACUUCCUCCAAGCAAUUUUGAAUAAGGAAGUAGCUCAGUUAGCCAGCUAGCUAGCUCGCGACAUGUAAACAUCUCCAAUGGAGGGUGUGUCCGUGUGAAUAUUUUCCCUGUUUUUUUUUUAAAGUGAGUAUUUUUUUUGGGAGAAUGGGCGACGCCGCGAAAGUUCAGCGUCGGGAGCAGAUAAAGCGCUGGAACGGCUCGUCUACAGACAAACAGCCGGCCGCGCCACGGAGACGCUGGCGGGAUGAAGAGGAGGAUGGCCGGGAAGAUGGAGAGAGAGCACAGGACUCAGACGUACACCGACCUGGUCGGCAACACGUCAAACGAAGGAGGCGUGUUCGAUUCGAGAGGACAGCGGAGUUCCUGGCCAUCUGCGCCAGUGGUGACCUGGAGGAGGCGAAGGAGAUGCUGAAGGAGGUGCAAGUCAUAAGCGAUGGCGACAAACCUUCUCGACAGGACGUGGUCAACUGUUCCAACGCUGACGGAAUCACAGCACUGCACCAGGCCUGCAUCGAUGGUAGUAUCGAGGUGGUGGCCUUCCUCCUGUCUCAAGGUGCUAACGUAAACCAGGUGGACAACGAGGGCUGGACCCCACUUCACGUAGCAGCUUCCUGUGGGAACAUCGAAAUCGCUGAAUACUUGUUGAAGGAGGGCGCAUCUCUGAGCUUGGUGAACUGUGAUGGCGAUGUACCAUUAGACAUCGCCGAAGAUGAACCCAUGGAGGCAUUACUGCAGGAGCACACUCUGAAACAGGCUCUCUGUGUAAAAUGUCCAGGUGUGGAUGUGGAGGAAGCUAAGCGGUUGGAGGAAGAGUUGAUCAUGCGUGAUGCCCGUCGUUGGCUUGCAGAGGGCGUGCCUUCUGAUCUGCACCACCCAAGGACCAAAGCCACACCCCUACAUGUUGCGGCUGCUAAGGGCUACCUGGAGGCCAUCAAGUUGCUGUGUCAGUGUGGCCUGGAUGUGUCUGCUAAAGAUGGGGACGGCUGGACUCCGCUCCACGCUGCAGCCCACUGGGGUCAGAGCGAGGCCUGUUGUCUCCUCGCAGAGCAACUGUGUGACAUGGAGGCCCGCAGCAAUGGGGGUCAGACUCCGUUUGAUGUGGCCGAUGAAAGUGUGGAGACCUUGCUGGAGGAAUUACUGCAGAGACAAGCUAGUUGGCGCACCGAACAGGACAUUAAGGAUAAACAGAAUGCACAAGCGUCUGCAAACGGCAGCACUGCCAAGAAACGCAGGAGCUCGGUGUGUAGGAUGAGCAGCCGAGAGAAGAUGAGCGUGCAGGAUCAGUCAAAGGAGCGAGGAGUCUCUGGAGGCCUACUAAAUGAGGAGCGAGAGAGCAGUCCCGAGACUUCCACGCAGCCGAGUCCAGAUACUGGAAGCAUCACUACCUCCACGGUCAGCCCUGCUGACAAGACGCCUGAAGAGAAGGAAGCAGAGGAGAGAGAGCAGGAGCGAGAGAGUCGUACUGCUCGUGUUCCUCCGACUCUGCAAAGAUGCGACUCUGCCACAGAGAGCCCCAGCAGUCCCUCUACUGACGGCAAGAAGUACCAGGCUCCAGUUCGAGAUGAGGAGUCAGAGUCUCAGAGAAAAGCUCGUUCUCGACUCAUGCGCCAAUCACGACGCUCCACUCAGGGAGUGACCCUAACUGACCUUAAAGAGGCUGAGCGAACCGUUAAUAGGGCGUCUGAACCUCAGCCCAGUCUUCAGACUGUCAGCCCUGUUGUCACGGUAACGCCAGCAGAGAGAGACACAGAGCCAGUGAAGGCCUCCAGCCCAGAGGGAGACUCCAAACUGGGUGUGAGAGAUCGCCGAAAAGCAAGGAGAGAAAGACGAUCCACUGGCAUCGCCACAAGUAUAGGAGAGACGGAGGACUUGGAUGCAAACGAGCCGACACAAGCAGACAGCACCUCAAGUGACACCCAGCCAGUAAAAUUGUCCCUGUCACUGGAUUUUAGAAAGCUGUAUGUGGAGAUGCUGAAGGAGAACGGUGCACUGAGAGAGAAGCUCCAGGAGACACAGCUGAAGCUCAGCGAGUGCAAAGUGGAGCUCGAGCGACUCAGACAGAGCCAGGAAAAUGGUUGUGACCGCCCUGCUCUACUGGAACUAGAGAGAUUUGAGAAGAAAGCGCUUGAGAGGAAAGCAGCAGAGCUUGAAGAUGAACUCAAGGUUCUUGUUGAUCUGCGUGCUGAUAACCAGAGGUUGAAAGACGAGAACGCUGCUCUCAUUCGUGUCAUCAGCAAGCUCUCCAGAUGAGUCGACACUGCCACUCCCGCCACUAUUCACUGAAACCACAAGGUGGCAGCACUGCCCAUCUCUUUACCCAGAAUAAACUGGAAGAACGCUCCUCUUUCUGCGUGGCCAUAACACACUGCAACUGUGUGUGUGUGUGUGUGUGUGUGUGUGUGUGUGUGUGUGUGGUCUUUCUCACCCCUCGGGUGGCUAAACUACUGUUCUCCAAAUUAACCUGCACACAAAGGUGAGCAGACCUAGCCACAGCACAACCCUCAGUUAAACAGCACACGAACAUCAGGAAAUUCCAGACCGCCGAUUACUCCCGGACUGAUUUCUCUCGUUCCAGGUAACACAUUACUUGAACCCCGUGUCACGAGACUGAUCAAGUCAUAAACACAGUCACCAUUAUAUAGUAUAUCCAAUGAUAUAACAUGAGUCAUGUUAUAGUUAUCAGUAAUCAUUAUCAUAGCUACCAUUUUGUUUGAUUGCAUGAUCCCUGUCACAUGCUUACUAGUUAGUACAUAUUUUAAGUAUUUGGGGCAAAUCAGAAGUUUAUUAUAAGUAAUUUAAUGCGUUCGCUUUAGUAUGUUAUCAUUUCUAUAGUAAGUACUCCUUCACAGUGAGCUGUAUGGUGGCUGUAUAUCGAUGGCCACAUAAUCUUACCUUAAGACUCCCUUAUCCAUUACAGAAAAAUGUCUAACAUUUUUGGUGUCGGCACUAACAAUCACAGGAGAGUGCUCAGGACAGAAGACUUUGCACUCUGAGGUUUAUCGUUAACAUGACAAGCUGAUGAUGUGAUGAACUGGCUUGUGUUUCACGGAUGAUGUAUAGCAUUAGAUGCAACUAGAAAUAAAUUAAAAAGUAUGACGUCACUUUAAGAAGUGAUAGUGUUGGCAAAUUACUGUGGAAAAACAGUUCAGGAUGUGCUGUUAUUGGAAAACGAUCAACUUCAGGGAGGUAACAGUCAAGGAGCUUAUUUUAUAAGAUAUUAUGUCACCACAAACUGUUGCUGUUUUCAUAUAUUUUAUCGUACAUGGCCCUGUUCAAUCACUGGAAUGUUAGAUUAUGACCGCUGGUGUGUUUAUGACAUGUUCACGUCUGUAUUAUGACAUGGGUUCAAGUAGCGUGUUAACUGUAGUACAUACUUGAAGUGCAGCAGGUUGGAGAGGAAAUGCAGGGUGCUUUUGUUCCAUAUAUUUAAAUUAGAUCUUGUUUUUUUUUCUUGUGCACUGUUCUCAUUAUUAUUAUUAUUAUUAUUAUUGGGGGGUUUUUGUUUUGUUUUGUUUUUUAACCUUGUCGCUUAACACAAAAUAAGCCAGUACAAGGUCGCCAGUUUAUAUUAUUCUUCGCUUUAGCAAUGUGUAUCCACUGUAGCUUGUAGUUUAUACUCUGACAGUGUUGGACACCAGAGGGCACAGCCAAUCAUCAGCUUUUAGGACACGACCAAAAAAGGCACGUCCUGAUUUUGCCAAGUGACGGGCGCGUUUUUACCACCUCAUUGCUAACUUGAUCACAUGACAGAAUUUCUUUUCACGUUUUCAUCUUGACCCCACAACUUGGCAUGAAAUACUGUUCAUUUAAUAGUUUCACUAGUCAGUCGCCGGUCUGCUUAAUAUUAAAAGUGCAGUUUGUAAUGUUUAAAACUUCUGCAAGAUGCAUAAUAAUAUUUUUUUAAUACCUUAGGAAACUUUAAUGUGUAUUAUUGCAGUGGCUAGCUUCUUUGUUUUAUGUUUCUGUUUACAUUUUUCUGGUCCAAAAGUCAGCUCUGCCCCCAGCUUAAACCCUUAAAAAAGCAGAGGGGUUUUAGCGUAGGCUGAGGGAAUAAAUUAUAGGCUGAUCAUCUAAUGUUAUUGUUGCAGUGUUCCACACAGACAGCAGAGGGCUCAAAAAAGAAAUUCACAAACCGCUCCUUUAAUGUUACCGUCUAUCAAAGGACUCUAAAAUUACAUACUGCUCCUUUAACAUCACUAGUCGAGGGCUGUAAAAUGGCAAACUGCUCCUUUAGUUAUUUCUCUAGGUGUAGCUUUCUGAUGUAAGAUUUAAAUUACAGUUAAAUUAAAUGGCACAAUUAAAGCCAGUAGUCGGGUUUUCAAGCAUGUUAAGUAAAUUGGUGUAUUCGCUCAUUUCUAAGUUUCUAUGUGAAAGCCAAAUUCCAAAAUUCAGCCAAAUGUAGUGUAUUAUUAAUACCUGGAGAAUGUGCUAGAUCAAGGGUCAUCAGCUGAAAACGCUAAGUAUUUCAGCAGACCAAAACAAGAAGUAGAAUCGUUAAAUGUGGGGGGAAUACUUCAGCGACCCUAGUUUCCUAAAUCUAAACCAGCUCAGCUUUUCUAUCAGAUCCUCUGUUGCGGUUUAUCCAAUCACAAGCAUUUAUGUAAAUCAUUUAGCUGAAGGCAGCUCAUCAAACCAGAGACAAGCUAUAGGGCUAGAGACAUAAGCUCAAAAACAGGAGAGUUUUCACUGACUUUCAGAGAGUUUUCGAUUUGUUUACCCUCUCUGACUGAUUAGUGAUGUGACGACAUUGUUUACAAAACAAAAUGUUAAAAGAUGAUGGGACAGAGAAGUAUGCGUUUAUUCUCCGUGCGAUUAAAACUUCAGAAACGGCAUGUUUCAUCUGUUCAUCGACUGUGGCACUAUUUUAUACAUAACCACUUCAGAUGAUCUUAUUAAUCGCUAAUAAACUAAUGGUUAAUGGUUAAGCAUUAUGUUGCUAAUCGGUUAUGUUAGUUGCUUUGUAAGAACGGUAUAUUAUGUAACCGGACCUUUUGCAGAUUUUAGCUGUGCUAGAACGUGGAGUGGAAGCACUUUUCACAGUUGCUGCCUGCUGUAAGUUACAGAAGGGGCAGAGCUAUUAGAGGAAACUGGACAGUCCACAAUUCGUGUUGUACAUUUUGCAUAACUAAGGAAAGCAUGCUAGGCUAUGUCAAGCUGAAGAAAAGAAGUAGUGAUGUCACAUGAUCAAGUACGAUAAUCAGUUUUUGCUACUCGGCAAAAUCAGGACAGCGCUUGCAGUGUUAGACACAACAGACAUGCAAACGUGCCAAAACCUGAAGCUCCUCUCCUGCAUGGCUACUGGUGCUAUGCUGUUGAGGAUGGGGGCUUUCUCUCUCUCUCUCUCUCUCUAUUUCUAUCUCUUGCUUUCUCUGGCUCUCUUUCUCUCAGGACAAGCUUAGAUCAACACUGUACUCGAGCACACUGCUACUGUAUGUCAGACCAAACAGUGAUUGACAUUGUUGCUGUUUCUCAGCGAGCGAGUAUUUAUGAGUGUAAGUGAUGUAUUACAGAGCCUGUGUCCUGUGCCAAUGGUGGUGUAGGGUUUCUUUUUUUUUUUUCUUUUUUUUUUUGUCAUUUAUUUUCCAAGAUAAGGAGGAAGAGGAGGAAUGUUUAUACUGUGAGUCCUGCUCUCGGAGGAACAGGCGCUUUAUAAGGUCAAAGCUUUUGACAGUUUACCACCAUGAUGUUGUUGUUUUUGUUUUUUUUUUAAUUAUUAUUAAUUGCUCCUGUUUUAAUUAAUAUUAUUUUUAAGCCAAUGCAUGCCACGAUUGUAUUUCGACAAAACAUGUGCCUUUCUACAUAUCUAUUUUAAUAUUUCGAUGUUGCUCAGUUGAAAAGCUCUGGGCUCGUUGGCCUGGCAAUGUUCCAAUAGACUCCUAAAAAAUCUGCUGUCAUUUAAAAAAAAAACACACAUGCAGCCGUCAGCAUUUGGUGAAACAGCCAAUAAAAUUCAAUGGAAACGGAUAAGUAGCAUUGCGUCUUCUUCUGCUUCUUGUCUUGUAGCUUGUCUGUCUUUAACAUUUUUAUGGCAAAAUGUUCCCAAAUUAUGUCCUUAGAUUUUAAAACAAAUUCUUCAAACCCAUUUAGUAUAAAUUUACUGUACUUAUAUAUGUAUGUUGUAAUAUUCUGGCUAUUUAUUGUAGCCAUUGAGCUUCUUUUAUUCCUGAACUUUCCACCAACACCACAUUAAGUCCACUUUGAUCUUCUUUAAAAAGCAACUUGUUUGAGUACUAAUGUUUGGAUUAAACCAAUUUAAUUCACGUGACUAGUCAAACGUGGCAAAUACCUAUAGGAACACGAUAAUAAAUAUAACCCCAAAUGGCAAUAUGUGGGGUCCAAGCACCUUUUUCAAAUAGCCUUCAGUGCCCAGUUCUGGCCAAGUUAAGUAGAACAAUAAAGAGACCAGAGACAAACAUACACUAGGUUUUGUGAUGGUAGCUCAGUGCUAACCCUGUGAAAUGCUUUUUGAAAUAUGAUUGGCUAACAGUGACCAAGUUUCUCCAGUAACCAAUUCGUUAUUAGAAAUACAAGUACAUUUGUAUUUGGAACGUGAGAAACGUUUAGUUAGAUUUAACUCUACCUCCCAUGUACUGUAUGGUCUUGUCGGGAAAAUUUAAAUGCGAUCAUGACAUCCCCACCCAAUAUCACAUAAUUGCUUGCGUCACUGCAAGAUUAAUCAAUUCAGUUGUGUUUGCAUGACACUUUUACCAGUGGAUAUUGUCACAAAGCUGCUUUACAGAAAUUGAGAUAUAGAUUUAGAUCAGUAAAGUCAGAAGACACCUUGAGAGGAACCAAAAAUCAAAAUGAAACCCAUCUUCUACUGGGAAUAGAUAACAUAAUUUCUCUUCUACAUCUGUGUGCUAUGACGUCAAACAGUAAGCGUGUUGAAAGGAUAUUUAAUACACUCAGAAAUAAAGGUAAAAAUUUACCUUCAAGGGUACAUCUAACCAUGAAAGUUGUGAUUAUAUAAGUAUUCACCCCAGUGCUGUAAAAUUCCUAAAUUCGUUGUGGUGCAACCAGUUACCAUCAGAGGUCAUAUAAUUAGUUGACUGCAGUCAACAUGUGUGUGCAAUUAUAGUGUCGCAUGAAUAACCAUAAAUACUCAUGGAUUGCCCCAAAACUUGGUAGAGAACAUUCCUGAACAAGCAGCAUCAAGGCAACAGAGCUAUCGAAAGAAGUCUGGGACAAAGUACUGGACAAGAAUCAGUCAUAGUUUGGUGUGAUAAAAUUAGAAGUAGGGCAAGGAGAAGGAAGACCGAGACAUUCAUUAGCAAAACUUCCCCACAGGUGUGCCCACCUUGCCACUCACCUUCCCUGGCUCCGCCCUCCAUUCACAAAUCGCCACUCGUCCAAGCCUCCACAUUUGGUUAUUUUUUAAAAAUCCCAAACUUUGAACAAGCCAGUUUUACCACGAUGAAUGGGUAAAUGUAUCAGGAUCCCAAACUCAGAAGACCUGUAGCUGUAAUUGCAGGCACAGGUGGUUUUACCAAGUAUUGAUCCUAGCAAAUGUUGGCUUUUUUGUUUAAUUAAACUUUUGUCUAGAUCUAGGAAAGUAUUUUAAAGAUACUCAAAUGUGUACACAUUUGUGGCAUGAAUUUGUAACAAUACUACAGUCAUGUGAAAAAAUAAGUACACCCCAUGGAAAAAAAUUUUUUAACAUAAUUGGACAAGCAAACAUUUGAUCAUCUUUGAAACAGUGCCUAUUACUAAAGGUGAUAUACUUGAACAAAACCACAGGGAAAUGUAUAUUUUUCAAUCAUUUAUUCAGCAGAUAUAUCAAUAGAUGUGAUAUUCUUUUGUGGAAAAAGUAAGCACACCCUUGGCCUCAUAAUUGGCCUAAUAUUGCACCCUUUAACAGAAACAACUUCUUGUAGGCGUUUUGCAUAAUUGUCCAUCAGGUUUGCUGGAAUUUUUUGACCACUCUUCCAUGCAAUAUUCUUUCAGUUGCUAGAUGUUUGUGGGUUUUCUUGCAUGUACUGCCUGUUUCAAAUCCCCCCAUAACAUUUCAAUGGUAUUCAAAUCCGGGCUUUGACUAUGCCGUUCCAUAACCCACCAUUUCUUCUUUUUGAGCCAUUCCUUGGUGGUUUUGUUAGUGUGCUUAGGAUCAUUAUCCUGUUUAAAGGUUCACUUUCGGUUCAACUUCAACUUUCAGACAGAUGGCCUCACAUUAUCUUCAAGAACUCUUUGAUUUGAUGAACUCUUUGAUUUCCACCACCGUGCUUCACAGUGCUUCUCAAAAGCUGUCUUUGGUCUGCGCCAAACAGGUCUGCUGUUACUGUGGCCAAACAACUCUAUCUUUGAGUCAUCUGUCUAGAUCACAUUAUUCCAAAAGCCCUAGCCUUUCCAGUCAAAUUUGUGCAAUCUAUUUCUGAUUGUAGAAGAAUGCACUUUGACACCAACAGUUGCAAGACUUACUAGCAGAUCCUGUGAUGAAAUUUUGGGGUUGUUGGAAACUUAUUUUUGUAUCAGAUGGUAUGCUCUUGGGCUGAAUUUGCUGGGAUGGCCAGUUCUGGACAAAUUGGCAGUCAUUUGAAAUCUGCACCACUUGUAGAUGAUAUUUUCCUUACAGUGGAAUGAUGUAUUUUAAAUAAUUUGGACAGCUUUUUAAAGCCCUUGCCAGACUCAUAGGCAUCCACAACGUUUUUUUCUGAAGGCCUUACAGAACUCUUUAGAUCUUGGCAUGAUGACACCACACACCUCAAUGGCAAAGGGAACACCAGACACUAGAUAUGAGAGGGGCCUGCAGUAUGGGAAAUGGUUUGCUGUGAUAUGACAGAAAUGCCCCCCAAGGGCGCUUCUCCUGAAGCACCAAAAUACACUCCCUUCCCUGGCAGUCCUGGCCCUCUGGGCAAAAUGUUCACAUGACCCCUCAUGUUCCAAUGCAGGCAUUGUCCAACAAGUAGCAGGUUUCUCAAGGAGCCAAGGAGCAGAAAUGAGGCUGGGGCUGGUUUGCCGGGGUCAUUAGGUGAGAUCCAGGCUUUGGAAGUUGUGUCGUCAGCUUUAGACAGAGGCUUGACUUGGUGGGCCGUCUCGUCGGCCUUUCUAGAGUGUGGAGUGACUUUCUUAGCGGAGCACGGAGGCGGAACGAUGUCCUAAGCAGAGCGACGACCUCAGUGGCUUAGUAAAAUGGAGCGAUGUCCAUAUAAAACCUUGGCAUAGUGGCAUCCCUAGCUGUAUAGGGAUGCUGAGCGGCAUCCUCAGUCACGCAGAUAGUCUGAGUGUCGUUCUCCAUUGACUUUGCAGGCUGAACUUGGUUGGCUGUGUCAGUAGACUCAGAUGUGAGCAGAACUUGGUUAUCCGUGUCAGCAGACCGCCUCAUGCCUCUCAUGCUGGAGCUCUGGGGAGCAACUGCCUUGUGGAUAUCAAGCUGUAGCUCGGGAGUAGAGGUCACCACACCCUCUGGCUGGAACUAUGCGGGUGAGACCACCUCAUGGGUCUCAGGAGGUGAGCCAUGGAGGUGAGGUCGCCUCGUUGACCUCUGGCUGGAGCUCUGUAUAUGAGACCACUUCAUGGAUCUCUUGCUGGAGCUCUGUUGCGGAGGUCGCCAUGUUGACCUCCGACUGGGUCUCUGCAGUGGAAACCACCUCGUGGAUCUCAGGCUGUAGCUCGGGAGCAGAGGUGGCCAUGUUGACCUCUGGCUGGAGCUCUGUAUAGGAGACCAUCUCAUGGGUCUCAUACUGGAGUUCUGGGGAGGAGGUCACCACAUUGACCUCCAGCUGGAGCUCGGCAGGUGAGACCACCUUGUGGGUCUCAGGUUCGAGCUCUGGAGAUGAGACAACCUCAUGGGUCUCGUGCUGGGGCUCUGGGGAGGAGGUCGCCACAUGGACCUCCAACUGGUGCUCUGGAGCUAAGACUACCUCGUGGGUCUCAGGUUGGCGCUCUGGAGAGGAGGUCGCCACAUUGACCUCCGGCAGGGGCUCUGCAGUGGAGACCACCUUGUGGGUCUCAGGUUGGAGCUCUAGAGAUGAGGUCGCCACGUUGACCUCCAGCUGGAGGUCCGCAGGUGCUCUCUUGUGGAGCUGUUUGUGAGUAUGCCAGUUGCUCUUCAAACAACCCUGAGAGCAGAAAUAUGAUUCAUGGAUCACAAGUUUCCUGUAUGUGGGACAUUGUAGCUGGGCUUCUUUACAGCAGCCCUCAGUCUUGCAGGUUUGUGUCAUCCCACCACUGCCCUGUCGACCGGGGGCUGAAGCUAAGCUGUAGAGACCCUCCUGUCAACCAUCUCCCUCUCAUAAUAUGAGGUGAAAGUCUGAGAGGAUUCAUCCAUUAGAUUGGGCCUUCAUAACAUUUUUUCCACUGGCCCAACUGCGAGCUGGGCCAGUUAGUCGAGACAUGAAUCCCAGCCAAUGCUCCUCUCUGGGCUUGGGGUCCUCCAGGCUUGAAAAAUAAAACUGGCAUUGGAGUAUAUAACCUUUGGGACAUACCUCAAAGCCAUCAACAGAAGCUGGUACUCCCAGGGGGUACCACUGGGGAAAACGCACAGAAUCAAAUGCUGGUAUAGAGAUCCCAGUGUGAUGCUCUCCUGCUGCUUCCAUGUUGUAGGCGAAGUAUUCUGUCACAAAAUGGAGGCUGAGACGGUAACAAGUGCAAGUAUGGCAGUUUAAUCAAACAAAGUCCAAGGAUUAGGCAGAAAUCAAUAGUACAAGACAUGCAGAGGUCAGGCAAACAGGCAAAACUAGGCAGGGCAGAGGCUCGAGGUCAAAAGAGAAAACAAAGGUCAAAGAUUAGAUAAGCAACCAUGAAAUGAGGCUUGGACAUACGACAGAGACUAGGCAGCUGAACGUAAUACUUCACAAAGUCCUAGUGUUUGAACAGUCUCUUAUAUACUGUGUGUGUGAGAUUGGCUGCAGGUAUGUGUGAUUAGCAUGAGUGUGAGUGUUGCUAAUCAACCACAACCUCAAUCAACCACAACCUCACUGUACAGCUCAGCUCAGCCACACUCGAGCCAACCAGGACGGCCAGGAACCUUGCGGUGAUUCUCGAUGACAGCUUGACAUUUACAGACCACAUCUUAAAAACUGCAUGGUCCUGUAGGUUCAUCCUGUACAACAUCAAGAAAAUCUGACCCUACCUCACCGAACAGGCUACACAGAUACUAGUCCAGGCUCAUGUUAUCUCAAAACUGGACUAUUGCAACUCACUACUCUCGGGCCUCACAGCCAGCUCCAUCAAACCCCUCCAAAUGAUUCAGAAUGCAGCAGCACGUCUCGUCUUCAACCAGCCCAAGAGAACCCAUGUCACACCCCUCUUCAUCUCCCUCCACUGGCUCCCUGUAGCCGCCCGCAUCAAAUUCAAGGCCUUGAUGCUCACCUACAAGACCUUGUCUGGAACAGCUCCCUCCUACCUCAACUCUCUCCUGAAGGCUUACAUUCCCUCAUGCAGUCUGCGAUCAAUCAACGACCGACGCUUAGUAGUACCUACUCAGUCUGGCUCAAGCUCCCUUUCAAGAACAUUCAAACUAAUUGAUCCUCAGUGGUGGAAUGAACUUCCAACCUCAAUCCGGACCGCAGAAUCUCUCACCAUCUUCAAAAAACAGUUAAAGACCCACCUCUUCCAUGAACACCUAACCAACCCAUUAAAAAAUAAUAAUAAUAAUAAUUUACUCUGGCACUUACACCUCUACGCUGCGCACUUUGCUUCUUCUGGAACUCAAUUAACGGAUCUUGUAUGGUAGCACUACUUGUAUUGUUCUUUGCUUGAUAUUUCACUUUGCUUGUAUUUUCUCAUUUGUAAGUCGCUUUGGAUAAAAGUGUCUGCUAAAUGAAUAAAUGUAAAUGUAAAAUGAGUGUUCUGUGUGUGAGAGAGUGUUCUGGGAAUUGCAGUCCAUGGCAGCCAUGUUUGUAGACCGCCGUGUAGUAUGGGGAAAUGCAGUCACUGGUUUGCUGUGAUAUGACAUACACACUAAUAUAAUUAAUAGAGCAACCAAAUACUGUAGUCCUGGAGCAUCUGGUAGCUUAUUCCUUGCUCUAAUACACGCAUAUUAAGUCAUGAAAAACCUGAUGAAUAUGGAUAAAAGGGAAUACAAUACAGAAAAUUUAAAAAAGGGGUACUGGACCCUGCUAGAACAUCUUGUUGUCUUUAACUUUUAGCAUUAGGACUACAGAUGAGUCUGUAAUUAUGAACCCCAUGCUCAUAGAGCAUCAGCGAGAGACAGUGAUAUUUAAGUGUUCUCUUAAAUAAGAUGCUGAAUGAAUAAAUAAAUGAUGUAAAUAUGAAAAGUGGUUAAAUAACCUGACUAGGCAAUUUGUUAUUGCACUGGGAUCAUUUACAGCAGCCACAAGUGCAGCAGUACAAGUAAGUGUAUGUAUGUGUGUGUGUUCUUGGACUGGGAAAUUUGGUGACAAUGAUCAGAAGCUUUAUUUAGCUUAUAUACUCUCAGACAAACAUACAGUAUGUGCAUUCUUAACUUUCUGUUUCCCAGCUAGGUUUGUUUCCCAGUUAGGUUUCUGUUUCCCAGCUAGGUUUCUAUUCUGCAAGCACAAACAAAUUUAAAGUUUGUGAUGGCAUGUAGUAUCAUUUAACUACAAAAUGUUUAGUAAAAUGUAAACUGCUACCAGUGAAACAUUGCAUCCAACAACAUAAUAUAAUUGUUUAUCAUAAUAUAAUAAUUACAAAAAUAACAAUAAUGUUGUUGUUUCUGUUGCUGCUGUUGUAGUUGAUGAAGCUUGUCAGAGAAUCUGCAGAACAACCAAAGCCAGGAGAUUAUAUUUUAUUAACAGGACAAGCAAUACAAUAAUAAUAUAAAUAAAUAAAAAAUAACAAAAUUGUAUGUGUGAUUUUAAGGAUGGGGGCAAAUAACUUUUCACAGCAUUGCAGGUACAUACAAGUGAAAUAUAGGAGUUCAUGUUCCUCAACAGUUUCUAUUUCUCAAGUGUGACAUCACAACACACUUACGCACAGAUGAAAAGGAAGGGUGGAGAAAGAUACUUGUUUGUCUGAAGUCUAAUGUUGACACAUUAGUGAGGUGGAAAUCAAGCUACAGCUGGUUUGUUCAUACAUAUUACAUUCUUCAAAGCAGAAAUGGCGUACAGCGGACCAGAUAUCCUUGAGCUCAUCGAGCAUCUGCAACAAUUAAGUCUGGAUGUGGAGGAGAGGCAUGUAGAGGAGAUGCAUGUGGAGUCAGUUUCUCGCAGAACACGUGGUUGACUGAAGUGGGCUUCCUUUUAUUGCCUUCCCUUCCCUCUGCACCACUCUGUUAUUCUCAGACCUUUUUCCUCCUGUGAGGAAAUUCACAGAACACUGAAGCAGUGCUGCUGACCAUGAACAGCCUUUGAUGGAGUAUCAGCAUGAUGAAAUAAAACACAGCAAUGACUAAGUGGACUCUUUCUUUUCUCAAUUUAUACUAGUUAAACUUAAGAAUGUUUGUGUAGUCAGUUAAUUAGCUUUUAAAUUAGAUUUUAAAAUAUUAUGAAUUAUUAUAAUAUGAAUAUUAUAUUAUAUUUUUUUUAAUUAUUAUAUAUAAAAAAAAUUAUAAUAUAAUAUCCUAUUUUAUAAUAAAUUAUUAUGAUUGAUUAGAAUACCCACACUAUGUGAUUGUUUACUCAGAUGCCACAUGAUGCCGUUAGUGAGAUGAGUGAAUUCUUCCAGAAACUAAGCCUGGGGGAAGAAAAGAUGGAUGUGGAUGUGGAUGAAGAGGAGAUGGAUGUGGAUAUGGUUGUAGAGAAGAUGGAUGUGGACAUGAUGGAUGAGAUGAACAGCCUGAAAGAACAGAUCAGAAAGAGGAUCAGAUCGAUGAUCAUACAAAUGAUCACAAUCAGGAUCUGAUCAUUGGAGAUAUGCGACUGACAGCAAAUCUCCGUUUUCAGAUAUUUGGCACAAGUUGGACUUCUGUAUAUAUGUCAUUUCUUACCUAAUAGUAUCUAUUUUAUUCUAGUUCACUUUUUAACCUGUAAAAUACCCAACUGUAUCCUGUGUCUUGUAUGGGUAUUAUUGUAAAUAUGUAUAUGUUACUUUGCUUGCUUUGCUUUGUUAUUGAAUCAAUAUUGCAUUAAAUUUAAACAAAGUUUAAGUCCUCCAAAGUGGGGGGGUGGAUGGUAUGGGUUUAAAAAAAAUAAAUAAAUAAACUAGUAAAAUGCA